AUGACGAGUAGUGACCAUAUAUUGCUAGAAAGUAUCAACAUAGAAACAAGCCAAGAUGAGGUUCCUUUGCAGCAACUUACUGAAAAGAAACUUUCUUGCCAGAACAUAAAACGUUUUGACUCUUUAGAUUUGGAAUCCAGCAGAGUACCACACGCCAAAAAGGCAGCGGAAUGGUCAAUGAUAUUGCAACUAGCAUUUCAAAGCAUAGGGGUGGUGUAUGGAGAUAUUGGAACGUCACCACUGUACGUGUACUCAAGCACAUUUCUUAAUGGGAUUAAACAUGAAGAUGAUAUACUUGGUGUACUCUCUCUCAUCUUCUAUACUAUCACCUUCAUUCCUCUCAUCAAAUAUGUCUUCAUUGUUCUUCGAGCUAAUGACAAUGGAGAUGGAGGAACCUUUGCAAUAUAUUCAUUGAUAUGUCGAUAUGCUAAGGUGGGGUUAAUUCCAAGUCAAGAGGCAGAAGAUAGAGAUGUCUCCACUUUCAAACUUGAGUUACCAGAUAAUGCAACACUUAGGGCAUCAAAGCUCAAGUCAAAGCUAGAAAAUAGUAAAUUCGCAAAGUUUUUAAUGUUAAUUGCCACAAUGCUUGGUACUUCUAUGGUUAUUGGAGAUGGUGUCCUCACUCCCUGCAUCUCAGUUUUGUCUGCCGUUGGAGGAAUCAAAGAAGCAGCUCCCAAAGCCAUGACAGAAGAAAGGAUUGUUUGGAUUUCAGUUGCCAUUUUGAUCUUGCUGUUUACAUUUCAAAGAUUUGGAACUGACAAAGUGGGCUACACAUUUGCACCCAUUAUUUGUGUUUGGUUCUCACUCAAUGCUGCUAUUGGACUUUACAACUUUGUAAAAUAUGAUCCAAGCGUUGUCAAAGCUAUUAAUCCUAAAUACAUCAUAGACUACUUCAAGAGAAACAAAAAGGAUGCUUGGAUUUCUCUUGGUGGAGUUGUUCUUUCAAUAACUGGAACAGAGGCACUAUUUGCAGAUGUUGGCCAUUUUACUGUUCGGUCUAUACAAAUAAGCAUGUGCUUUGUGACAUAUCCAGCGCUCAUAUUAACAUACACUGGUCAAUCCUCCUUUUUAAGAAAGAAUCCCAAUGACGUUUCUGAAACUUUUUUCAAGUCUAUACCCCAUGGGGUAUAUUGGCCAAUGUAUGUGGUGGCGGUGUUUGCAGCCAUAAUUGCAAGUCAAGCAAUGAUUUCUGGGACAUUCGCUAUAAUCCAACAAUCGCUGGCAUUAGGAUGCUUUCCUCGUGUUAAAAUUGUACAUACAUCAACCAAACAUCACGGACAAGUAUAUAUCCCUGAAAUCAAUUUCCUUCUUAUGUUGGCUUGUGUUGCUGUUACUUUUGGAUUCAGAACUACUGCAAAAAUUGGCAACGCUUAUGGUAAGCUCCUUCCCUAG